UGAAAGGCGACUGGAAAGACGUUCCUCGAAAGUGACGAUUUUGUGUGAAUUAAUAAACUAUUUUUAAUUAGAAAAGUGCAUUAAACACUAGUUAAAUGUGUGUUAUUGGCGUAGUGUCAUAAACUGUGUACGAAGAUAGCACAGGAAUGCAAUCAAAAGUGUUUCAGUGAAAAGUGCCCACCUCAGUUCCUUGUCCGUUUCUAUAGUCUUGCAGUGUGUCUGGGCGAAAAUCAAGUGUAAAAUUUGUAUAAAAUAGUUUUUAUUAUAACAAAUAAACGUGGAGCCUUUACAUUUUAGCGCCAAAAUACAGAUUUUGAAGUUUACCGCAUACGAAUAAUGUAUGCCGUGAGUGUAAAGUGAAAUUCUUUAGCAUCGAAAAUAGUAAAACUGCAGAAAAAUACACUAUUUGCGCUCGUUUGCUUUGGUUUUCUUCUCUAUCAUAGAAAUAAAUGCAUAAAAGAGACGGGAAAGUGUACGAUGCGCACUAGCCAUCACCGUCAUCGCCUUGAUUUUUCGCUACAUUUCACGUCGAGAAAUCACGAAUGCGAAUGUGAAGUGUAAAUGCAUAAAAAACUACUAGACAAAGUAAAUUUUGUUUUCAUUGUGAACAUUGACCAUUGUUGUUGUGUGUGGCGAAUAUAACCAUUCACUUUGAACGGACUGCCAAAAUUUUCUACACAUGACAUUUCCACCACACAAAUACAAAUUUCUUUUGUUCGUCUACGACAAAACGACGGCAUCGAAAAGAAACGAAGGUUGCAUACCGCGUUUUGUGUAAUUGAUGCAACAACUGCAUAAAAUUUAUUCAAGCAGAAAAAAGUGAAAAUAUUAGCUACAAAUAAAAAGAAGUGUAUUUACGAAUUACUAAAGUGUUUAUAAUGUAUGCAUUGCGCAUAGAGCACAAUUUGAAAAAAUGAAGAAGAAACGAAAUUAUAAUUUCUCAACGCCGCCGCUAAUAUCGUAUUUGCCUUUACGUUUCCCAUAGCCGUGCUUCGUUCUAUAAUCUGCAAAGGAAAAAAUCUGUGAUUUUCGGUAUCGUAGUGUUUUUUUCAUGUUUUCCCCUCCGCGCGCUGUAUCCUUCCUCCAGCAACUCUGCGUGCUGUCCAUACGCAACGCAAGUGCGAGUGUGCCUCCUCCCCGCUUAUGCACCUUUUCGGUUUAAUUAUAUAUAAAUGCUAUCACAUGCCUGCUUUACGUUUAUUGGCGCUACGAAACGUGAAAUUAUUAUAGACACCCAGUGCAUUUCAAAUAAUUGUGAAAAUGUAUGUAUGUAUGUAAUUAAUUUUGACACCUAACAACGAAAGCUAUAACCAAGAAGUCAGUUCAAAUGAAGUAAAUAAUACACACCUCACUACACCAACAACAACUACAACAAUUCAGCGAAGUUCACACUCGUAGUCAUCAUCAUUUUUCCGCCGAAACACUUAAAAAGAAUCGCCAAUGAGUCGACGACAGUCGCUUGAUCGACCAGGAAUAUUGUCUCCUCCGGGUCCGUUUUUAACGCCCAGUCCUUCGCCAUCAAUAUCUGCUAGUCCACGCUUGCAACCGUCACCCUCAUUGUCGCCAUUUCAGCAGGAUGUGCUACUCGUAGCUGGAAAUACAAUAACAAGCGCCACACACGAUCAGGAAAGAAAAACUGCCACACCGGGACGCAGACAAUCGUUGCAUCAAUUCACUAAUGGAAGUCCGAACGCCGGUACCGUUGUAUUUCAGCCAAGUCCAUCGCAGUCACCAGCGGCAGCGACCAGUGUUAUCGGUGUGACAGCCGGUGUGGGUGGUGCAGCGAUAGCGGCAAACACACCUGCAGCCGGUAAUGAAUUCAACACAACCCUUGUUGGAUCCAAUAAUAUACAAUUAAAUAAGAAGGGCAAUAAGCGCAUUACUCAGCAACAGCAGCAGCAGCUGCUGCAGCAGCAACAAAAUCAACUUAAUCAACAGCAUCACCAAAUAUUCAGCAGUGCUGUUACACCAACAACUUGCCACACUGCGUCUUCGAUCUCGAAUACUGUAGCCGGCGGCUAUGGGCAAUCACAUGCAGCAGCGAUCAACACGUCGAGUUCGUUUGCGACAGCAAAUGUGGCUGGUUGCCCAAAAGGUCAAGCGAAAAAAGCUGCCGCCACAGUACUACCAACGUCGACGUCGUUAAGUCAACAGCAACAACAACAGUUCCAACACUAUCACAGCAGUAGUCCGCUGAUAGCUGACAGUCCAAUACCGAGUCCUAGCAAUACAAUUACCGCCGCCACAAUCAAACCGUCAACACCACAACCAAUGCAAAUGUUGCAACAACAAUUCACUAUAACCGGCAAUGCGCCACAUCAAACCAAUCAGCCACAGCAUACGCAACAGGUCUUUCAAAUAAUCCAAGGGCCACAGGGCCAAAUUGUUGCGGCGCCGGCUGGACAACAGCAUACGCUGCAGCAACGACUGAUAGGCAGCAAUGCAACAUUGCAAACACAUGUGACGCCGACGUCGUACAGCAGCCUUAGCAGUACAACAACGAAUACAACAACAAAGUCCGUCAAACCGCCGCAGCAAAUACUGCCGAAGCCACAGCAACAGCCGUACAACGAUGCCAGUCAACAGCAGCAGCAGCAACAACAACAACAUAAAUCUAAACUGGGUGGUGGCAAUGCAGCGACCGCCACCGUACACAGUCACACAAAUAAUAUGGCACAAAUGCCACAGAUCUCGCAAUCACCACAGCCGCAACAGGCGCAGAUCACCUCAGGCGGUCCCGGGCAGCAGCAACAAAUCCUGCUACCAACAGGCGCCACAGCCAGCCUAACGGCGCAACAGCCGUUGUUGCUCAAUCAAAUGCCGGUGUUGGUGCAGCAAAAUACGCCGCAGGGUGUACAACUAAUACUGCGACCACCCACGCCACAGUUGACAGCCACACCCUCACUGGUGAUACAGAAUGCGCGACCGCAGGCGCAGCUCCAACAACAACAGCCGCAACAGCUGCUGCGUAUAUUAGGUACAAACGGUGCGACCAUGCAACUGGCCGCUGCCACUCCCACCUUCAUCGUGUCCUCCCAGGCGAACCUCAUACAACAGACUGCAAAUCAUAUACAAACGAUCAAAACUAAUCCUCAAAAUCCGGCCAUAACGCAGCUGACCGGCUUACAUGCAGCCCUCUCGGCGUCAAAUCAGCAACGAUCUCAUCAGCCGUUCACCACAACGGCCACAAUAAACACCAGUCAUCUGUUGGGGCCCAGCGUGGCGGCACAACUACAAAAUCUGCAAUUAGCAGCCGCAGCGGCGAACGGUGGCAGCAUUACGCAAAUUCAAAUGCCUAACGGUCCUUCACCAACAACAGCAACAAUACUUUCCCAAUUGCCAGCGCAUUUUCAACAGAGCCUAAACAAUGCUGCAGCCGGUGGCAGUUCGCUUAUCAAUUUGAAUCAGUUAAGUGGUGCUAACAUACAGCAAUUGGCGGCGGCGGCGGCAGCGGCGGGUGCGACCUUCCAAACGCCACCACCGCCGCCAACUUCUUCCAGCGCUAACGUUGAUAUGUUCAAUGCUCAGCAAAAUGCGCUACCAAGUUUGACGCACAGCACAUCACAGGCGUCACAGCCAAUACGUCAGCCAACACCCACAUUGCUGCAGAGCGCCGGCAUCACUGGUGGCACAGUCACAAUAAAUCAACAACAGCAACUAUCAAAUGGACAACCGGCAAAUUCGAUGAUGAACGCUAGCCCAGCAAACAGUGGCGCAACGAAUACUUCAUUGCAAGCACAACAACAGCAGUCGUCGGCGCCGCAGACUGAACCAAAAAAGAAGGCAAAGCCUCGUAAAAAGAAACAAACCGCCGCAAGCGCAGCAGCAGCGGCUGCAGUACAAUCGCCAGCGGUAACAACAACUGCGCCCUCGCCCACCUUGCAAGUAAAAAAUGUUCCAAAUACAACACCCUCAUCGACAGCCAAUUUGAUCACGAACAAAUUCAGCACGCCUGUCAGCAUGAGUUACAGCACAGGCGUUAUGCCGCAGCUGCAAUUCUCACAAACGUCGCCGCAAAAUGUGAAACUGACCUUCACCAAUAGCAAUAGCAACACUGGACCAAGUCAAACUAACCAGCCGCCGCAACAACAGCAAGAGCAAGCGCGACCAAAACUCGAUCUCGGUAAUGUAAUGAAACUGUGCGGCAUCAUGGAGGAUGAUGACGACGAUGAAGAUUAUAUGGACACAAUGUCUACACACGGUGAUAGAGCUACCACCCCCGCGUCUAACGCAACGCAGCCUCCACAAACACCCACACAUGCAACGUCGACAUCCACGACUCAAGCGCCAGCACCACCGAACGCCAACGACAUAAUGAUCUCGAUACCCAGUCAAAAUGGCACCGACUCCUUACCUUUUACCGUGACAAUACCUGCCUCAGCCGCGCUAGGAGGUGCAACAGCAUCCAGCAAUGCUGGUCAUGACACGACCGAACCGCACAAUAUCUUUAUUAAAAUCGAUCAAAAUGACACGGCCUCAACGCCAUACACAAUCUCGAUACCACGACUGCCGACUGCGGAGGAAAUUCAGCAGCAAGCGCAACAGCAUUUGGCACAGCAAGCAGCAGCAGCAGCUGCGGCGGCCGCAGCCCAACAACAACAGCAACACUCCAACAAUAAAAUCGGUGCAGCGACAAUGAAUUUCACCAUGUCGUCUGCCAGCAAUCUGCCACAGUUGCAGGCAAUGCAGCCGACGCAAGCGCAGCCACAACCGCUCUUCAACAUAACAGCUGGCGGCGCCUCACUUCAACUGCCGACGUCUAUCAGCAACCCCACAGUAGCAACCACGACAUCCGCAACCACCACUACAACAACAACAACUGCAACGGUGAAACCACGACGCAAGCCCGCUGUGCGACGCAAUGGUAAAAAGCAAGACAAUAGCAAUGUCGUCACCAAUGCGUCAACUGUAACACCAAGCACUGCAGCGGCCGCAUCUAUUACAACAACAACUACCACAACUAAUAGUGUUUCGGUGAUGCCCUCAUUGACAACCGCCAUAACACCAGCGAUGUCGUCAUCCACAGGUGCUCAAGUUCAGCAACAGCAGCAGCAACAACAGCAGGGCAUUUCAACUACAUUAUCCCACCCAGCGUCGACGGUGACAACAACAACGCCAACAACAGCGUCAACAUUGGCCGCAACGGUUGCGGGUGCGCCGCAAGUUCCUAGCCAAAUUGGCAAUAUACAAAUCUCGCAGGUGGACACAACGAAAAUGCUACCAAAUCACAAUAGCGGCUGUGGUGCUGUGGAAAACAAAAUACAAAUUAUGCCAAUAUUGGAUAGCGCAACUGGCGCAGGAGGAGGACUCCACAUUAAGGCGACAACACUAGCGCCCUCUUCGCAAUAUCAAACGCAGCACAAUCAACAGCACCAGCAGCAACAACUACAACAACAACAUCAUCAACAACCACAAAAUAUUAUAUUUCAACCACCAAACUCUCAGGCAAAUGUACAAACACACGACUCACCUGCCGCCACUAUCAAACUAACCGCAGAUGGCAGGCACGUACAACUAGUGGCCAUACCACAAACAUCAGGGUCCACCGCAACAGCGGCGGCUUCAUCUAAUCAAACACCGACAGUACAACAACAGCCCACCAAUUCAAUGGCUUCGAGCAGCGGAAGUGCCAAUAAUAGCAUAAUGUCGACACCUGGACUUACCAGUGCCACCAUACUGCCGCCACAGCUCACCGGCAUGCCCAGCAAUGUGUCGAUAUCGGUCGGCUCGCCCGCUACAGCAGCGGCGCUCAUGCCACAAUUAACCGGCAAUCUUACAUUGACAGUAUCCGAACAAGGCGAACGCCUAAUACUGCGACACAAUGCCAGCCAGCCGCAAGAUCAACAAUCGCAGCUUUUGCUGCAGGCUCUACUCAAAGGUGCUCUGCCAAAUGUGACAAUAAUCAAUGAGCCAACAAAAUUGGACAAUAGUAACAACAGUGGCAGCAACAACAAUAUUGGUGCAACUAACAGUACGCAGAACAAUCGUGUUGGACUGAGUGCAACAACACCACAACUACUGCCGCCAAGUUCUUUGAAUAGCACAAUGCACCAUCAACAUGCUAAAACUUUGAUUUCCACCAAUACGGGUGCCAUAAGUAAGCUGACGAUACCCGCACAAGUCGCAACAGCUGUGGGAGCAAAAACACCAACAAUACAAUUACAAUUCAAUGCUGGGCCAACGUCACUAACGAGUAGUGGCGCCACCGCGAAUGGAACGACAGGACCAACGCUUCAAUUACCGCAGCAGUCACCACAACUGCAGAUGCAACAGCAGCAGCAACAACAACAGCAGAAAACGUUUCAGCAGACACAACAACAACCAAAUAUGUUGAACCCCGCGAGAACACCGGAUAUGGCGCAGCUAAUACAACAGCAACAACCACAUCAGCAGCAACAGCCAAUGCUGCCACAGCCGCCGAGCAAUGCGUUACUAGGUGCCGCAUCUUUGGCGGCACAAAGCCAACAACGCUAUGUGUCAUUGCCGAAAAUUAACGCCGCGACGCAACAAAUAUUCUCCUUAAACAGCGAAACAAAUCAGAUCACGCCUAUUAGUCCGACGCAAACCGCUGCCUCGAUCGGUCCCACCGAACGCCUACUGAUCGCGCCAGCCGGCAUUAAUGCUCAGCAAUUGGCGCAGUGUCUGCAGUUGGGCCAGAUUCACUUUAACGAUGUAAAUCCACUGCCGCCGAGCACACAGCCGCAGCCGACAUUGUUGGGCAUGAACACGACGUUAAGCGCUAAUCAGCAAGCAGUGCAACAACAACAGCAACGUUUGCAGCCACCACAGCAACAAAUAGUGCAUCCGCAACCCAUCCAGCCAUUGAGCAAUGUAGCCAGCGGCGUGAACACGAACAACUCCACGGCGUCCACAAACACCGUUACCAAGCAGAUAGCCAAUGUGGCGCCUAUCAUCGAUCAGAGUAAGGCUAAAUUGGAACCGCCAAGAAAUGCAGCUUCAACAGGCGCAGUUGCAAAGAAGAAGCCCGUGCGUAAACCGAAAGCAACGACGACAGCUGCUGACGUCGCCAGCGGUACAGCGGGCAUCAAAAACGCAAGCGUUGUUAAGCCGAUGCCAAAGUUAGAUCCACUUUCACAAAAGCCAAACAAUAAUCCAGUGCAAAUUGUGCAACCGAAUGUUGCCAGCGGUAAACAGGUCGGCGCAACGGCUGCGUCCAACAAUAUGACAACAACAACAGGCACCAAUAGUAUACAGCCGUUUCAAACGCAACAACAAACAACAAAGUUGGUCGGAGUAACUGCGCCCAUGCAACAACUGGUCACUUCGGGCACAGCUGCACAGCAACAGCAGCAACAACAACUUCAACCCUCAAGCACCGCUUCAAUGCUGUUGCAGUCGCCCAGCAUGCGUAGCUUCGUCAGUAGCGCCAAUAUUGUUGGUUGUUCGACCACACCAACAAACAGCAGCAACAACAGCCUUGUUAGCACUGCCAUCACCAGCAGUAACGGUAUGACACUGACAUCUUCGUCAACUGUUGUGGCGCCAAGUUUCAGUAUUAAUACCGAGCCACCAUCGCUCUCGGCACUCAAUUCGUCCAACAACACGAAUGUGUUGCAACAACAAACACAAAUGCAAGUGCAACAACAACAGCCAACACAAGUGCAACUGCCACAGCAAUCGCCGCAACAACCCCAACAUACGGUCUCACGUGUGCAAACUAUUCAAUUGACCGCACAACAACAACAAAUGUUCAAACAAGUGCAAAUGCAAAUACAAUUCCUCACCAUUAAGCUGCAACACAAGUCGCUGUUAACCUCACUGCCUCUACCGUCAGACUUUGACCCCGCCGCUAUUGCUGCAUACACCAAACCGAUGAGCGACGCCGAAAUAAAUGUGGCGCUGCAACGGCUAUACACCGAGCAGCAACGCAUACUGGCAGCCGGCAAGGAGAUGCCCACGCCGGAAGCAUACCUGCAGAUGCCACCCAUCGGCACUGGCUCUGGCAUAACGUUGAUGACGCAACCGCCGCAAAUGCAACAACAACAGCAGCAACAGGUUGGCGUAGGCAAGUCGAAUACUUCGGUCAUACCGGCAAAUGUGGUGCAGCCCAACAAUCACUCGUCCACCAUGACUGUAACGGCGACGUCGAUGAGCGGUGCCGCAUCUGGUCAGCAGGCGCAAACGCAAGCUGGUGUCACACAUCGUAUUCAUAUCUACCCGAUGCAGCAUCAUCAAACUGUGCAACAGAACAAGCAAAAUCAACAACAACAACAGUCGAAAUUGCAAUCCUCAACGGUUUCGCGUGGCAAAGACAAUAACAAUAGCAACGGUAAAGGCAAAAAUAUCACGCCCACUCAGCAGCAGGCAACGCAAAAUUCCAAUAGCAACAAUAUUAGCACACUCAUGCCGCUAAGCCAACCGAAGCAGCAGCCAAUGCUCGUGCCAACCUCCAAAGCGCCAGCAUUAGUCUUUCAACCUCAGCAGCAGCAGCAGCAACAGCAAUUCAUGCUACAAAAGCCAGUAUUAGUAACGAGCAGCAGCGCCAGCAGCUCAGCAAUGAUGAACGGUCCACCGCCACUAGUGUUCUCUAGUCCAUUAAUCGCUGCCUCAGCGGCGGCAACAGCAACCAGUGCGGCCAAUGCAUCCACAGCCACGCAUUUUGCAACAGGCGCAAACGGUUUCAUACAACAACAACAACAGCAUGUGUUACAACAGCAGCUACACGCGUUAUCACAGGCACCCACCAGCAACUUGUCAACGCUAGCGCCUAGCAUGGCACCCAUAAGCGCAACAACAACAGCACUUACCAGCGCCAGCCACACAAGCACAAUGAUGACAUCCGCAGCGGCAACAACAACAUCUGCCUCGCAUACGAACAAUGUCACAUGCGUGACAACAAUUGCUAAUGCAACGUCAACAACAACAGCAGCGCCAGCGCACACCACCACAAUAACAACAACCGCGGCGACGGGAACGUCAAUUAUGACAACCGCAAGUACAACAACAAUAGAUGCUCAGGCAAAUAUGCAACUACAGCAGAGCACGAACAGCUCUUACGCGCUCACCGCCACCACCAAUGCGCCCGCAACCGCCAUGCCCGCCCCCAUGCUGGGCGCUCACCUGUUCAGACGCGAGGAGAGUUUAUCGCCGCAGCCGAAACUUGCACGCCUUUCUUUGUUUCUGCGUCAAUUGGAGUUGGAUCAGCAGGCCGCCUUAAAUCCCGACUAUGUCAAUCCGUUUCAGAACAAAGAAGAGGCUGUCAAACGGCUUAUAAGAUAUCACUGCUUGUAUGAAAGUGUCGAGGACUUACCCUAUGAAGAUGAGGAGCGUUUCGAACAGACAGCGUUGCAGUAUCAAGAGAAAUACCACAAAAUUUCAAACAAAUAUCAAAAGAUUAUAAUACAAGAAUCAACGCUGGAGCAUCGCACAUCUGAGACCUGUCAAAUUCAACAGCUGAUGAUUGAUGACUUGAGGGCUGAAAUGGAGCACUUACGAAACGCUGAACGCGAACAGGCCCUCUACGAACAACAGCAGCAACAAAAAGAAAUUAAUGAACCCAAGUGUGAAUCCCUGAUAGCCACAACAACACAGGAGCUAAAACAUGAAAUGAAAGCUGUAAAAGACGAGCCGGAAAUGGAGGGCGAUAAGGCAGACUAUAACAGCCUUGGCGCUGAACAAAAAUCGUUUGAAAUAAAAACCGAACCUAACGACAUUGGCAACAACAAAGCGAACGCAACAGGUAGGGAGGUCGCAAUGGGGGGAGCGACAGCAGAAACAACAACAGCGCCAACAAUUGUGGACAAAUUUGAUUUGCUGAAGCAUAGUACGAGCCAUAACACUACGCCAAAUAAUGCAGCCAACAAACAGCAGCGUGUGCUGCAGACCGAACAACAACAACACCAACAGCAGUCGGAUGAGAAGCACCAGUAUGACUUGCUACCGAAGAAAGAGGAGAAGCGCAACUGGCACAAUGCGGGCAGCGGUGAAGGUGGGUCCUACGCGAACAAUUCGCAUUUCGAUUCAUUCGACUCAGAGGCAGCUAAAGACAAAUUAGGCGCGUCCAAUUUCUAUGCAAACUGUAACAAACAGCUGAACGGGACAAUCAAACGUGAAAUCGUGCCCUCGUCGGUUGCUUGUGGUUAUGUCAAGAAGGAGUUUGAGAAUUUUGAUAUAGAAUCGGAAAUAACACCGAGUUUCAUUAUGAAGAAGGUCGAGCAUAAAGAAGUGGUGGCAGCGCCGGCCCCAACGGCAGCAAACAACGCCAAAACUCAAAACAAGCACGGCCGUGAGAAGAAUGAGCGCAGCAAUGCGCAUGAGCAGCAACAACAACAAAAGUCAAUCGCUAGCGCGCCGAGCAAUAACAGCUUUGCUGCACAAUACUUGCAGCACAACACAAAGCAACAACAGCUGCAACAGCAACAGCAGUUAAAACAGCAACAAACACAGCAGCAGCAGCAGCAACAACAACAGGAUGACGGUUGGCUUUGCUUGCAGAAAGAGUUGAGUCUUAUCACCGCCCAAAAUAAAAUGAUGAUGCAGCUGCAAGAUCAACAACAAAUGACUUUGCAACAACAACAGCAACACUCUACACUUAACAACGGCCAAACUGGACAGCUAAUAGAUCUCUUCCCCAAUGGCUGCAUCAACAAAAACAAUCAGUUGAGCCCCAGCAGUAGCGACUCUAGCCAACACCAGCUGCAACAACAACAACAGCAGCAGCAGAACUGUGAUCAGCAAGGGGUGCAGCCCGCAAGCGACGAGCCACUGCAGAAUCAUCACCAAAACCAAGGCCAACAGCAACAGCAGCAAGAACAACAAAAUGCGCACAAUCACAUGCAAUCGUCACUGAACGAGUUCUUCGACUCCGGCGAUGACAUGGCCGAUGUGCAUAAGUCUGUGGAGACCCGACUGGAGGCGAUGUUCGGUGAGUCACCAGUGCAUUUGAGCAAAAACGAUGGCAGCGACCCGCAUGACAUUGAGGCUGGACUCGAGGAUAUUUUCGGCGAUGGCAAAUCUAACGAUGACAAUGUUGACAACAAAUCGAAGCAACAGCAACAACAACAGCAGCAACGUUUGUGGGACACCGAGCUAAGUGCGGCGAACAGUUUUAUGCGCGUCACAAACACGCAGGAGAAUGUGCUCUUCGAAAGUGAGCAACAACAGAUGCAUCUAAAUCAGCAGCACAUGCAACAGAGCAUGCAGUUGAACAUUACCGGCAACACAACGCGUUGGAUGCAAAACAUCGACGGAGCCUUCGGUGAUUUCAUAGACAAUGCCAGCGCGGACUGCGAGAUUUCGCGCAAAAGACGUUGGAAUGCCGAAUUGAUGGCGGUCGACGCGGACGACACGCUCGAUGGUGCGAAGAAAAUCUGUCCCAUGUCCGCAUCGUCAAGCUCAUCGGGCUCACCGAUAUCCGCGCAGCAACAUCAAUCGCGCCAGCAUCACGACAGUAUUAUGGAGGCCGAUCUGUUGUCACUGCACGACGGCAUACGCGUAGAACCAGCCGCCGCGCAGAUGCUGCAGAUGUCCACGCAACAACAGGGCGUCUUCUGUCAAACGCAGCAUCAAGCAUUCAGCAACCUGUUGGACGGUGUCGGCGGCCAUCAUCAACAGCAUUUUAACAACGCGCAACAACAGCACAGCAUGCAACAACAACAAUCGCACCAUCCACUGCACUCCCACCUGCAGGCGCAUAUGCACAACAAUCACAUUGGUGGCGGCGACUUCGAUGACGACAUCAGUCGGCACGUGCAGAAUGCCAUCGACAGCAUACUCAAUCUGCAAAACAGCGAAUCGGCAGACUCAUUGAACUUCUCGCUGGACCACUCGAUGGGCUCCCUGCUCGGCGACAGUAUACUCGAUGAUCGGCAACAACAGCAAGCGUCGGUGAAUUGUCAAGAUGGCGUGAAACGCAGACAUCAUCUCGUCGACGAGUUGGGCGAUUGCCUAAUCAGCGGUGGCGGCAGUGGGCCUGCUGCGGGCGACAAUGCCAGCAAUAUACUGUUGGACAGCAGUCAACAUCAUCAUGUGCAACAACAACAAUUAGCUUUGCUGAAUCACAAUCAUAUGCAGGGCUUGCAGCAAAACAAUCAUCAACAUCACCAGCAGCAGCAACAACAACAACAGCACCAGCCACCGCAACAACACCACCAUCAGCAACAGGAAACGUCGCAGCAAGCAUUGUUAGCGAACGAUUUCAGUUGCGUGGCCGCCGGUCUGGUUGAUGAGGCGGUCAAGUCGAUAAUGACAUCCUGACAACUUAAUGCAGCGGAUCAGCAGCAGCAACAGCAGCCGUCACAACCACAACAACAACAGCCACAGCAAGCGCCAGCCGCAAAGCAGCGCGUUGUUACUGCUAGAGCCACAACGACGGCCGCAGCGGCUAUAACCGCGAUUGCCGCUGGCAACAUGGUUGGCAAUAGUCGUAAUAAUAUUGUAAAUACUGGUGUGUUGCUGGAAUUCAAUACCAGCGCUUUAUGAGCUGUGCGUCGUAAAAGGAGUACUUAGUAGUAGAAUGUGUGCAGCAGUGAGUGUAAUCAGCGUAUAAGCGAGUGUCCGCGCGAAUGUAGAGUGAAUAGCACUUUUUGAUGAGCUUAAGUUGUAUCGUAGAGAGAAUGCGAACACCCAAUAUGAGCGUUAGUGGCAAGUUGUUUAAAUUUAUUUUUAAUUUUUCUUUGUUUUAAUAGCGCUUUUUGACAAGUUUUAACCUAAAAACUAUUUAUUGUAUUUUAUUAUUAUUUUAUGCAAGCUUGUGUGGUGAAUUUCGAAUUUCAACACUUAGCACGUUGCGUUGCAAACACUUUCAACACUGAAUUUAUUUAAAAUAAGACAAUUUUUGUUAAAAUUUAAAGUUUAUUUUUACCUUUAUUUAUGUAUUUUUUUUAUAUAUUACUGAUGUUGCUAAGAAAUAAAAACAUUUUUUAAAUAAAGUAUCUCAAUUUUUUU